GACCACCCUCCGGGUCAUGGACAAUGGACUUCGGAUGAUCGAGGAGCUCCAAACGGACAAAGAGCUGGAGAGGUGGAUCGAAGAGGUCUGGGUCAAGCAGUUCGGAAACGUGGCAAAGACCCAUGAGAUGAUCUUCGGAAGCGGAGAGUGA